UUUCUGGUGUUUUUGUCGGGUAGCUGCCUGCUCAGAGCUCACAGAAGGCUUGCCCCUCGUCCCAGGCAGACAGCAGGCCAGCCCCUUCCCCAGACCCGGAGCUGGCGGGGCGGUGUCCUCCAGGGGCCUCACACGCUGCCCUCCACCAAGCAAGCUUGCACCUGACCCACCAUGGUCCCCACAGAAGUCACAAGCCUGAUCCCUAAUAUGGCAGAUGACUAUAGCUAUGACACCACGUCUUCCAUGGAAGAUUACGGGAACUUCAACAUCACUGACUUAUUCUGUAAGAAAAACCACGUCAGGCAGUUCGCAAGCUACUUCCUUCCACCCUUCUACUGGCUCGUGUUCAUCGUGGGGUCCUUGGGCAACAGUCUGGUCAUCCUUGUCUACUGGUACUGCACGAGGGUGAAGACCAUGACUGACAUGUUCCUUUUGAAUUUGGCAAUCGCUGACCUUCUCUUUCUUGUCACCCUUCCCUUCUGGGCCAUUGCCGCCGCUGACCAGUGGAAAUUCCAGACCUUCAUGUGCAGACUGGUCAACAGCAUGUACAAGAUGAACUUCUACAGCUGUGUGCUGCUGAUCACGUGCAUCAGCGUGGACAGGUACAUCGCCAUUGCUCAGGCCACGAGAGCGCAGAUGUGGAGGCAGAAAAGGCUUCUGUACAGCAAAAUGGUCUGCUUUACUGUCUGGGUGAUGGCAGCCGCACUCUGCAUCCCGGAACUCCUGUACAGCCAAGUCAAGAAGGAGUAUGGGAUUGCUAUCUGCACCAUGGUUUACCCCAGUGACGAGAGUACCAAACUGAAGUCAGCUGUGUUGACUCUGAAAGUCAUCCUGGGGUUCUUCCUCCCUUUUGUGGUCAUGGCUUGCUGCUAUACCAUCAUCAUUCACACCCUGAAACAAGCCAAGAAGUCAUCCAAGCACAAGGCUCUGAAGGUGACCAUCACUGUGCUCACUGUCUUCGUCCUAUCCCAGUUCCCCCAUAACUGCGUUCUGCUGGUGCAGACCAUCGAUGCCUACAGCACGUUCAUCUCCAGCUGUGCUGUCUCCAUCAACAUUGACAUCAGCUUCCAGGUCACUCAAACCAUCGCCUUUCUCCACAGUUGCCUGAACCCUGUUCUCUACGUUUUUGUGGGUGAGAGGUUCCGCCGGGAUCUUGUGAAGACCCUAAAGAACUUGGGUUGCAUCAGCCAGGCUCAGUGGGUUUCAUUUACAAGGAGAGAAGGAAGCCUGAAGCUGUCAUCUAUGUUGCUGGAGACAACCUCGGGAGCCCUUUCCCUCUGAGGGAUCUUCUCCUUGAGGUGGAUGGUCCUUUUGGAAGUAACAAGAAAUACAGCUACGGCUUCCCUUACUGGUAGGGCCAGAGGGAAAGCAGAGAAGGAAAAGGAAGUGA